AAAACAAAUUUUUUAAAAUUAUAAAGAUAAUAUUUCUAAUGUAGUAUAACAUAUCUAUCAUAAAUAUUUGCAUAUGUAAGUAAUAUUUUUAUGCAGAAGCAUGUGUGAAUCAAGGAAACAAGAAUACUACUUUGAUACAAUAAUAAAUAAAAGUCUUAUGGGAAUGGCAAGAAUACAUAAUAGUUUAAUUGCAUUGGAAGGUUGUAAUGCAAUCUUACGCAAAGAUUAUACAAAUGUAAUUGGAAAGGUGAAAUUAAUAUCUGGUGGUACAGCUGAAGAUGAAUUAAUAUAUCCAGGAUGUGUAGGUCCUGGCAUGUUAACAGCUGCAGUUUUGGGAAAUAUUUUGUCUGCACCUUCUGUUGAUAAUAUAUUAAGAGUUAUUGAAAAAGUUGGAGCCAAUGAUACUUCAGGUAUAUUGUUAAUUAUUCAAAAUUGUGCAGAAUAUUCUAUAAACUUUACUCUGGCAAAAUUAUAUGCUGAAUUGAAAGGAUAUGUUGUUAAACUAAUGACAAUAAAUAACAAUAUGUCGUACUUACAUCUUGGUAAUAGUAUUAAACAACAUAAUUUUUUACCUACAUUUUUUAUAUAUAAAAUAGCUGGAGCUAUGGCAGAAGAAGGAAAAAAUAUAGAUGAGAUUUAUUCAUUUUGCAAUUCUAUUGCAAACAGUGGAGAGAUGAUAUUUUUAAAAAAAGAUGGUUGCAUUGAAAAUGUAAUUCACGAAGAUGAUGAAGAAAUGCUUUCAAAUAUAGUUAAACAAAUGCUUGAACCAUUGAUAAAUAUAUUAAAUAUGACAUCACAAGAUCAAACUAAAACGAAAUCAUUUUGUGUUGGUCAUGAAAUUGCAAUUUUAAUAAGCAACUUUGGCUGUAAUCAAAUAAAAGAAAAUAUAUUUAUCUUAGAACUUUUGCAUCAAAUGGAAAUAAAUGGAUUAAGAGUAAAAAGAAUAUACGUGAAAGAAUUUAUGAAAAGUUCAAAUAGUGAAUUUCACAUUUGUUUAUUAAAUCUUUCACUCACUGCAAUAUUAACUAAAUAUUUGGAUUUUCCAACAUCUGCAUUCACUUGGCCAAUAGCAAUAGAAACUAGAAAAAGUGAUGAAACAAAAUUAUUUACAUUAAGAAAACAUCAUAAGAAUAUAGACUGCAGUGUUUUAAAUUUACAAGGACCAAUAAUGAAUUAUGAAACCAGUCAAGCAUUUUUAUCAAUUAUAUCAAUGGCAUGUGAAGCAAUAUUAGCAUGUGAAAAACAAUUGAACAAAAUGGACCAGAAAAAAUAUGGCAAUGGAGAUUAUGGUACAAAUCUUGCACGUGGAGCUGAAGCGAUAAAAAAUGCUAUUCAGAAAAAUGAAAUAUUGGGAACAAAUUUAUAUGUAACAUUUUCACAAAUUAGUCAUAUCAUUCAUAAGACAGUAAGUGGUAUACAAGGAGGAUUAUAUUCUUUGUUUUUUUACUAUGUUGCUCAGACUUUUUCGAGAUAUCAAAGCGAUCAGAAAAUAACAGUAGAUGUAUGGUUACAUGUGUUAACUACUGCAAAUAAAGCAAUUGAACCGUUUAAAGUAUCUUUUGAAGGUGAUCAAACUCUAUUAACAACUUUAACAGCAGUACAGAUAGAUUUGCAAAAUGCAUUAAGCAAAAAUGUGGAUCCCAUUGAUGCAUUUGGAAUAGCCGUGAAAGCUGCUGAAAGCUUUACUACGAAUGUUUUAUAUGGACAAUCUUUUUAUGAAUUUGAAUAUCCUGAUCCUCAUGCACAUUCAGUAGGUAUAUGGAUGAGAGCUGCAUAUGAGGAAGAUGGACAAUAUGAAUGUGAAGGAUGUCAAAGUAUUGGUAAUGUGAAAUAUUUAAGUAAUGAACAUGAAACUAGGACAUCAUUUCUUUCUGCACAGCAAUCAUUAACUCAAGAUGUUUGGUGCUUACUGAAGCAUGCAUGCUUUAGGAGUUUAAGCUGUGAAGUACAUCCUGGUAAAGAAGGUGUUUGCUACUUUGGAGAUGAAUAUAGGGGGCAUGUUUUAAGUCAUACAUUUACAUUAAAAGAUGCCCAGGCAAGAGGUUUUCGUAAAUGGUGCAGUUUUAUUGUUUUCAUGAGAGAUAAACAAUUUUUAUUAAAUAUGUGGCCCUUUUUAGUAGAUAAUUUAAAAGAAGUAAUUCGGGAAUUACAAGAUUUUGCUGAAAAAAAAUAUAAUGCUGAAGAAGCAGAGUGUCCGCAGAGAAUUGUUCGUUUAUCAACAGCCAAUGGAUCAGGAGCAUAUAAUAAUUCAAAUAAGCAGCCUCGAACGUUUAGUGAUAUAACCAACGAGAAACAUGUUUUCAUAAGAAUCCACAUGUGGUUGGUAUGGAUUCUUAGUGCUGGUGCAAGACAUUUUAUAGAAAUUUUUCCCAUGAGCUUAUUAGAUGCUGAAUUAAAUUAUAAUUUGGAGGAUCAAAUCGAAAAUGAAGAUGGAUUUACUUUGGUAAAUGCCAAAUUACCUGUAAAUUUAACUUUGAACUCAACUGAACCAGACAUGCCACUCGAGUUCUCAGAAGUCUCGGGGAAAUCUACUACAGUGAUACUUAAGAAUUUAAGAGCUGUAUUAGGGAAAGAUCAAUUUAGGCAACUUUUAUACUCUAGUUUAACGGGUGUUCAAAUUUUGGUAAGAGGUCCAAAUAUUCAAAGAUUGGAAUCUUUAUAUGGUCUUAGUUCUCUUAUUCCACGUGCAUGUAGAAGAGUUAAGACUCAAGCCACAGAAUAUAUGGAUCCUAACAAGUGUAACUUUAUUGGUGUUGACACAUCGGUAGCUGUUCCUUUGCCUUGUGCAAAUGUAUGUAGAUUAGAUAUUGUUGCAGAUGAACACAAAGUUGAAAAUUCAAAUUCACAUAUUGUUAGAUGGACAGGAAUAUUGCCAUUAAAGUUGCCAACUUUAUUAAUAAAAAUUGAAAAGUCACUUGAGAAUGAGAAACUUGGAAACUCUACUCUGAAAGCACAUUUUGCUGCAUUACAAGAAGAAUGGGCAAACAUUGCCAAAGUAGUUCAUGCCAUGCGAGGACGUGGUCAUAGUGGAGACCUUUCUGGGCUUAUGCUUAGUUUAGGUGCUGGACCUCACGAUAAAGAAUUAUUAGAUACUUGGUCAAUGGGUUUGCCACCAAAUCCAGCGUAAUUAUUUAAUUAAUCUGUCAUAUUUUAUACGUUGUAGAAUAUUGGGUAAUAUUUAAUUUAAUGUAAUUAAUAUUUAAUAUAUAAGAUGUAUUUUCUUUUAUUUGUUCAUGCAAUAUUUAUGUAUUUGAGGUUGUGCAUAAUUUUUUAUUUAUAAUAUAGUCAGCACAUGACAAAUAUUGAUAUCAGCAUAAAAUAAAUUGUUUUACAUACA